AUGGCAGGUACUAAGAUAUACACUAAAGAAUUAAUUCUUACAGCAGUGGCUACUGGUUCAGGUGUAGUUUCAUUUGGUUGGAAUACCGGUUGUCUUAAUAAUGUACAAGAACCAAUUAAAUCAUGGAUUAUUGAGUCAUAUUAUCAUCGAACAGGAUAUACACUUUCAAAAUAUGCACUUACUCUUAUAUGGAGUACUACUGUAGCAAUAUUUGCUAUUGGUGGUGCAAUAGGUGCUUUUACAGCAAGUUUCGUAAGUCGUCGAUAUGGCCGACGAGGUGGUCUUCUUAGAGCAAAUUUACUUGGAAUAAUAGCAGCAACAUUUAUGUCUGUAUCAAAAUUUAUUCAUUCGCCUGAAUUACUUAUUAUUGGUCGUUUAAUAAUUGGAAUUGAAUGUGGUUUAUAUACUGGUCUAUGUACGAUGUAUUUAAGUGAAGUAAGUCCUAGACGUAUUCGAGGUAUGAUUGGAUCAUUAACGGGUUUUUCGGCCUAUUCGGGUCUUAUGUCAGCUGAAAUAUUUUCAACACCUGCUCUACUUGGAACUGAUUCACGAUGGCCUCUAAUUAUGGUCUUGGCAGCUGUUCCAAGUGUGACUCAAUUUCUGCUUCUUCAAUUUUGUUAUGAAAGUCCACGAUUUUUAUUAAUGAAUCGUGGUGAUGAACAAGGUGCUCGACAAGCAUUAAGUGCAUUACGACAACGAUAUGAUAUUGAAGAUGAAGUAAAUGAAAUGAAACAAGAAGCUGACCAUUUAAAAGGUGAAUCUCAUAUAUCAAUAAAAGAAUUAUUUACUCGACAAGUAUUUCGAUUACCUAUUGCUGUAGCUAUUGUUGUUCAUUUUUCUAUGCGUUUUUGUGGUAUAAAUGCUAUCAUGUACUAUUCAACUGCUUUAUUUAAACAUGCAAAUCUUGGUAGUAUUGGUCCAUAUGCGACAAUUGGUGUCGGUGUCACACUAGUACUUAUUACUUUAGUGUCUGGUACACUGAUGGAUCGAGCUGGUCGACGAACACUUCAUCUUUUUGGUCUUUUUGGUACAUGGUUAUGUAGUCUUUUACUUACAAUUACUUUUAGUUUAACGCAUCAUAUACCGUGGUUGAAAUUUCUUUCAAUUGCAUUUGUUUAUAUAUUUGUUGUAUUCUUUGCUAUUGGACCUGGUUCUGUGCCAUGGGUUAUUCUUCCAGAAAUCUUUGCACAAGGUGCUCGUCCAGCAGCUACAAGUGUUGCCGUCGUAACUAAUUGGAUGUCAAAUUUUAUUGUUGGACUUCUAUUUCCGCUAUUAGCAGAACAUGAUAAAAUAUCUGAUUAUUCGUUUAUUCCAUUUGCCGUAUUGACGACAUUCGCUUUCUUAUUUCUAUGGAAAUAUAUGCCAGAAACGAAAAAACGUACUUUUGAAGAAAUUACAAUAGCUUUUCGUAGAUCUAAAUAA